AUGGCCUCCAUUGCUAAGAACAAUGCUUUUGGCAUAAACUGCCCAAGCUGGAACCUCCCUUUCCCAGACGGCAAUCUGACCGCUGCCGAGAUUCUGGCGUACCUCCCGCACUGGCUAAAGUCCAUAGAUGUUGUCGACCGUUUUGUUGUACAUGGUGCGAAAGCUGGCCACCUCGCCGCUAUGAUCAACGAGUUUAGGGUCCAGCCAUUGGGCCAAGAAUUCAAGCCGAACUCUGCUAUGGUCAUGAUCAAGUACGCUAUGCGACGCGCAGGCUAUUUGGACUGGACUUUUGGGUCGCACGCGGAGUAUGAGCGCGAGAUCCCAAGACCUGAAGACGACCUCAGCGUAACGAACUUCCGUACACCCAACCGUACCCACCCUAAGAUUGUCACUACUGCUACACCUAAAAAGGUCAAAGUCAACGAGGACUGUGAGCCGCUGGACUUCAAGGUCCUCGCGCUACAUGUGAAAGAUCAUCCGUCUGGUGAUGACGCACUCGACCUUACCCGCUGUGUGAAAUACGCUAUCGAGCACGAAGAGGAAAAGUGGCUCUUUCCCACAGACUUUCAGCGUCUCAUUGCUCACCUCGGCGGUCCGGCGACAGUCACUCUCGCUCACCACGAUAGGCAAGUAUUUGCUCGUCACGACAACUACGUCUUUUCACCUGUCAAGUCUACACCCAGUAAAGGUCAGACACCAAACAGCAUCAACAGAACAUUCAUUCGCGAUAUCGACUCGGUUGCUAUCUCGAUGUCGGCAACACCCAAUAAGCGUGCUGUAGAUGGUCUGGGAAAGGUGCUGAAUGGCAACAAGAGGAGGAGCAGUAGGCUUGUCGGUAGGCAGAUCAACUUCACUCAAGAGCCUGAAAUAGAUGUUUCGGACAGGGACUACUCCGACUCGCCCUACAACACUCCCCCAAAGAAACGGAAGCUGUCCCGCCUGCCGCUCACUCCCAAUUCAUCCACCGAUAAUGAUGAGUUUGUGCAAGGCGAGUCAGAGCCUGACGACGAUAUUCCCGAAGACAACGUGGGUGACGUUGAAGAGGCUGCUUCGCCGGUCCGUACAUCUCGCGGUCGCCUUGCUGCGCGUAAGGCUAGAUCCAAUAUCAAAACUGCUUUCGUACCUGAGCGCCGACCUUUGAAGCUCAAAGUUCCUGGUAUUGGCCCGUCACCUCAGAAAACCCAGCGACAGCGGGGGGUGCCGUCAUUCAUGACCAGCCAUUACGCCCCAGAAGUAAUGGAUGCUGCGCGCGAGUAUCUCAACCGCGAGCCGAUCUAUCUCACACCUCCUGUUCUCUCUGAAGGCCGCCUUAGGAUUGACGAUUACAGUAUUUACCUCUAUUCCUCUCCUCCACACACCUCUAUGGAAGCCAUGUACGCGUCUGCGUAUGACUACGCCCGCUUCAAUGGCCCUCGCCGCCACGCCCCAUUCCGCGAGCUUCACCUGCUGAGCCAGCCUUACCCGAACGAUACAAGUGACUGGGCCGAGAACAUUCGUUGGGCUAAGCAGCAGUUCGCUACGUUUGGUAGCAUCUGGACGGAGUAUGACUAUUUCCUUGAGUGUAUCACAGCGCAUAGGCACGAGAUUGGAUGGGUUAGUGAGGAGGUUAUCAGAGACGGCAUGUGA